AUGUUAAGCCCUCAAGCACCACCACCUUCAUGGGAUAGUCCUCCAAGACCAUCCACUUUGAAGACAAAGAAGAAACUUCUUCCUUACCUUGAAGCAGCCGACCUGGAGACGUCUAGCCAAGCCGCAUCACACCAAGAAGAGUACCUUCUAGCCACACCAGAAGAGGAGAUUAACCCUGAGCUGAUCGAGUUCGUGAAGAGAGAUCAAUUCCAUGAUCUGUUUUCAGAGUAUGCGCUGGAGCACAUAGAUCACUUUGACAACCUUUGUGAUUCCUAUGGAGUUUUUGACUUUGAGAAGAAGAUGAUGCUAUUCAGCACAUCACUAGCUGGACCAGCACUAGAUUGGGCGCAGCAUGAACCACCUCUACAAUCGAGUCAUGGAUCGAUUUUAGAGAAGCUUUCUUGGAAAGAAGAAUGGGGAGGCAUACCACCCCAUCCUGAAGUUUUGAAUGAAGAGCUAAUCAAGCAUGUGGAGAGGAAUCCUUUCUACAAUUCUACUUCAGAAUGUGCAAAGGAGCAUCUAUGCAACUUUGAGCAGCUUUGCCACGACUAUGGACUUGGAGACAACCCCAAGAAGAUACAACUUUUCCAACUAUCUCUAGCUGGACAAGCCAAAGACUGGGCUAAGUUCAAUGCCCAACAUGCUUUCAAGACUUGGAAUGGAUACAAAGGAGCUUUCCUCACAGAUUUGAUAAAGGUCCUGUUUAUGUUCCACCACCACGCCCAAGCUAUUCACAUCACCAUCCAUCAUCACCAAGACAUAAACAAGACACAUUUUCCCAAGGGAGAGCUAUCAAGCUGCGCGCCAAACCAAGAUUGA